AUGGUUAAGGAGGUUAAAGCUCAAGCAAAAGUUGGGGUUGGAAUUGAAACUCUUUGGAAUGCUUUGGUUAAAGACUUGAGAUUUAUCAUCCCAAAGCUCAUGCCCAACACUGUUGAAAAAGUUGACCUUAUUCAUGGAAAUGGUGGCCUUGGCUCUGUUUUGCUCUUUCAUCUUGUUCAUGAUGAGAUGAUGAUGAGAAGUCAGAAGGAAAGGAUUGUGGAAGUUGAUGAAACAAAGCAUGAAUUUGGGAUAGAAGUGAUAGAAGGGAAUAUAUGGAAAAGAGGGUUUUGUUCUUUCAAGACAAUAUUCAAACUUUCUUCCAUGAGUGAAAAGGAAACCCUUGUGGAUUUCAAAGUUGUUUAUGAGACUGAAUUAAGAUGUGAUGGAGAUGAACAAACUCACAUGGAGGAAAUUGCAACUAGCACAACUCUUUCCUUUUUUCAACUCUUGGAAAAGUUUCUUCUUGAUUCAUCAAAUAAUAACUAA